GUUCAAUUAGGAGGACAAGCAGAGGUGCUGAUAGGACAGUUGAGAUACCCAAAAGAAGUAGAUGUGCGCAUCUAUAUUUGCUGCUGUUCCCGAAACACCGAGCCCUAGCAAAAGUCCGUAACUACGCUUGGGACCGCACCGGGUCGCGAUAGACCUUGACCAAGAUGGGCCUUUCGUUAAAGGCGGUGGCACGCGUGCACUAUGUGGCGCUGUUUGCCUUCGCCGCCGUGGGGUUUUUCUACGCUUCCUGGAUGCAGAAGAAUCUGGGCUACCUCUUCGGAAUGGACCUGCAGGUGCCGCUGACAAGCAUCGCACUGAAGGCCAACACCUUGCUGCUGUGCAGUUUUGGGGCGCUUUUCGCCGCGGUGGCACAGUUUAAGGAGGAAGAGUCGCAGAAGAAAGUUCUGCAGUAUUCCAUGGCGGGCGAGUUAGUUGCGGUAAUUGCUUGUUUUGUGGUUUCUUUUCAAGUGAAUCAUGAAGUUGCGCAACUUCGCCUUUCUUGCAAAUAAACGAAGCCUGAGUUUAACAAUUUUCCCACAACUUGUCACACAGCUCGGCGUGCUUGCGUACAAGGGGUACGGAUUUCUGCCGACCCAGGCUUUGCAGAUUUGGGUGGCGGUGUUGCUCGUUUCCGUUGUGUUCACCUCCUGGUCCGUGUACAAGGAGCACAAGUACGUGGGCAAGCCGACGGACCUGGAGAAGAAUGAGACCAUCAGGUCAGCACUCCGCUGGGAGUACUCGCAGGCCGCCAUCUGGGGUCUGAUGUUCCUGACCUGCCCGUGGGUCACGCAGGACAGCUUCCUGCCCGGCAUCCCGAAGGGGAAAGGAAUAGACCUUUACAUGCUGCUCCGCGGCGCUUUGCUCAUCGGAAAAGCAACUCUCAUGGCCGGGGCCGCGCAGUGCGACGGUGGAGCGCAAAAACUCACGGCUCAGUACGGUAUUGACGGAGCGACGACAUGUCUCUAUUUUCUUUUUCGCUGAUUUGGUAUUUCUAUUUCAUUUCUUAGGCGACCCGAAAAUCGAAAAUCUUCGUCCUAUAAUGUCGUAUGGUCGUAUUCAUUUUUUCAAUUAUACACAUCAGCUCUUUUGGCGCGUCUGGUGGACUGGUUUUACUUCAGCGCGCUCCUGGCACCGGUGAUCGCGGGAAGCAGUGCUUCCGGGAUGUCUAAGCUGUACAUGUACAUCGCCUACGAAGCAGUGAACUCCCUUUACUUAACGCACGCUUGCUACCCGGCCAACACGCGCAAGUGGCUCUUCCGCCUCUCCUACUUCGCCUUCGCAUACCUUGUAUCAAGCGUAAAAAUGUCUGAGUCUGGAAGAAUCCGAACUUGUGAUGCUGCAUUUGGAUUCUAAAAAAAUUUGUAUUGCAUGACCAGCAAAGGGAAUGCAAUUUUGGCUACGCGGCGAGGGCAUUUGUCAUGCGGAAUACGUAUCACGAAGCCCUCAAAAAGUCUGUGAUGCUAGGGCAUGCAUCACAAACAUCGUGGCCCAUGCAAAACGCGCAUGACAAGUUUCAGAAUCUUCCAGACCCAGACAUUUUUACAUUUGAUACCUCGCCUACUUGCUGCUCGUCUUCCCGAAACUGGCCGUAUCAAGGGACAACUUGGAUUUUUCGCCUUUUUCUGUUGCGUGCUCCGAUGCGGGAUAUUGUUGCAGAAUUUUUCUUCGAUUCAGAAAUAAGUAGAGUAGGCACGAAAGAACUUCGAAGUAAACCUCUGUCGCUGUGCAGGAUAUUAGAAGAAAACUACUUACCCCGCCCUCAGGUUCCGGUGUUCCAGCUCCCCGAGCUGAGCAACGCGUACCACCUGGUAGGCGUCUUUGCUGCGUUGACCGCGUUGAUGUUUGCGGCCGUUUGCCAGCUCGACCACGACAGCCAAACUGCGUUUCUGGGCUACUCUUCCCUGGCCUACGUCACAGUGCUCGCCCUGGCACAAUACGGGUGAAUUCAAGAAUUUUUGUUUGUCAUGAUGAUGCAUGCCGGCAUGCCUUGGACAACGGCGUUGACGAGGACAUAAAGAAACGUUUGACGAGUAACCUUGCAUCGUUGAUGUGCAUACAUCAAGAAAGUACAACUAAGUAGUGCAUUAAAUUUUCUAUACUCUUCACUUCCAGGUUUGCCUUCGGCUACGUGGUCCACGUGUGCUUGGGGCUGUUCUGCGCCAGUUCGUUGAAUUUAUACGUGGAGAAGUACCCGGGACACCAGGCCAAGUUGCUGGCGCUGAUCACCCCGAAGGGAGCGGUAGUAGCGGCACCACCGAAGAAGUCGGCCCGUGGCCGCAGCAAAACCCCGGCAAGGAAAAAGUAAGGUGCGACGUCGGGUGGCUCGUGACUACGUUCUUCUUUUAUUGCCGUGUGUAGUAGAAGUGGGUGAUGUAUUUCAUAGUUUAUUUUCAUCGUCUCCGGGGUGAUAAUAAUUCUGAGGGAUAGAAAAGCCUCGGGUCUGAUGUGUAUCCGCAGGAAGGAAGGGGGCAAGAAUAGAAAGCAUUUUUUUCAUUCGUAAUUUGUACCUUCAAAGAGGAAAGCAGCAAACAACAACCGCAUCUUUUACAGUAGAAAUCCAAACAGAUAAAUUGGUGAGUGAUUGAUUGUAAACAAGGAAGGAGCCAAAGUGCUUUAAACAAUAACCAGUGUCGUAAACCUCCCAUAGAGCUGAACAGAUUAUCGAGAACGACGAGGCGAGCUUUACAUUAUGGAUGUGGCCCGCCACUGGAGGGGCGGAGGUGGACAAACUUUUUUUACAAAGUCAUCCGUGACAAGAAGUGGUGGCGAGGAACCCCGAAGGAGUCAUCGGGCAUUCACACUAU